AUGUGUACGAAAUUGUUGCGUAAUUGGUCUGGCGUGGUGCGGACUAUCGCUGCCAAGCGGGAAUCGCUGAAUGUGUGCCAGCAUCAACAGAGGUGCUUCAUCUUGCCCCCAAAUCCGGAUGCCUCCAAGGUGAAGGUGAACAGCAAGGUGGUCGUGCCCCAGAUCGUAUUCAAGUACAGCCCCUUGAAGUACUACAUGAGCAAGCUGCGCAUGUGGAAGCUGAAGUGGACGUGGGAUCGCAACUUCAAGGAGCGCGACUUUGUCGAGGAGUCGAAGAGGGCAGCCGUCUCUCUGACGGACAUCAUACGCAUGCGCGAUAUGAAAAGCAUUGAUCAGUUCUCGACCUCGAAUGUAUACUACCAAAUGGCCAACGAGGCGGUCAACUUUCCGCACAAAUCGUUUUCGGAGCUGCUGCGGUUCCGCCAGCAGGACAUUCGCCAGGCAGUUCCCAUUAAUGUGCAUCUGCACGACAUACUGGGGUUAAGGUAUGCUGUGAUCGAUGUAGUUUUUGUCGGACUGCGGCACGUGGCAGACUGUGAGAGCUCGGAUCUGGAGACCAUGAAAAAUGCUAUGAUCGACAUGGAGCCGGAACUCAAGCUGCAGCUGGAAGAUCCCGCCUCUCAGUUGCCCUACGUGUUCAUUGAGCUCUUCAUGCGAUUCAGGCGAAACUAUUCGAAUGCUGAAGAAAUCGCUGGAGUCGAGCUGCAGAACCAUACGAACCGUUGGCUGGUCUCAGUGUACAAAAUUUGUAGAUUCAACAUAUUUACCGUGCCGCCGGCCAUCUAA